AUGGCAAAACCUGGCAGAGGCCGACCGGCGAGCCCGUCGGGAUCGGCCUCUGGUUCGUCUUCCUACUCGCGUUCCUCGUCUGAGUCGGGUUCGCGGUCGCGGUCGCCAUCUCGCUCUCGUUCCCGCUCGCGCUCUCGCUCAAAGUCCUACUCGACUUCCUCGCGUUCGGGGAGUGGGAGCUCACGCAGCCGGAGUCCGCCUCCCCAGAGAAAAAGGUGAGUUUAGUUUAUUAAAGAAGAAUGGGCUUUACCUUUGUCGUACAGCAUCAGGCGUCGUGUAAUUUCUCUCUGCGUGAGGUUUCUACUUAUUUUACAUAAAUUCUCAUCGAUCUUUAGAUCUUUCGCAUUGUACUUUGCACUCAAUGCUUGAAGUUGGAAAUUUGGACGAGUACAUUAUCGUUUCCAUAAUUAACGUCUUUACUGCGUUUCACAUCUGAUGACAUUAUGAGACUAAAACCCUAUUUGACACUAGCUUGGGGGAUGUUAAAAGAUCAAGUUAUCCCCCUCGACAGGAGUACUCAUAUCAUGUUUAACCUCAUGUUUUCAUCUUUCUGUAGUCCCAAAGCAGCUGCUCGGAAGGAGCGAUCUCCAUCACCGCAAACUAAAAGAGUUUCACCGCCAAGGUGUGGAUUCUUUGCAACUUCUCAGAUCUCAGUUAUCAGAAGUUAGAAAAGUCCAUAAUUAGAGGUUUAACAGCAUAAGGGCAGUAUGCGUUGCAUACAAUCCAUGUAUAUUUGGGUUCUUCGUUGAGAUUAUCGUUAUCUCUUUAGGCUUGGCUUCCUGACCCUCGCGCUUUGAAUUUUUUUCACCUGAAAGAUUAUUGGCCGUCAUAUCCAAAGACGUGUGUUGGGUUUAAUAUGUCACUUGGGAGCCUUGCAUAUUUCGUCUAAACCAUAAUAGGUUGAGAAGUGUGAUGCAGAAUAGGAAGUCUUACAUAUCUAUCGGUGAUAGAUAGCUUGUUAUUUUUUUCUCUCUCCUCUAAAUAUGUGCAUGUUCUCCUUCAGGAAAGCAUCUCCAGUCCCUGAAGCAGCUGUGCUUCACAUUGAUCAGCUCACCAGGAAUGUCAAUGAAGGCCAUCUUAAAGAAAUAUUUGGUAAACUUUCUCCCGCUCCUUAUUGAAGGCAUUCUGUUCUCCAAUGGGAGUAAUUGUCAAAUUUUAUUAAAUUGUCGUGACAAAUUUUCCUGUUUUUUAUUUAUUUUCUAAAUUUUCACCAUUGCUAUCUUUAUAACGAAGGCCUUUGAAUGGGUUGUAUCUUUGUGUAUUGUUAUCAUCUCUUGGAAAAAUAUUUGAUUCCAAAGAUCUCUCAAUUGUGCAGAGAGUGCAUCUCUUUUUUUGCAUGCCAAACUACUUAAUGAAUAUGGAUUGGAGUCCUCGUUGUUUGGGGUUAUAAGUGGACGAACUCUGUUCUUUGUAUUAGGCUCAUGGGUUCGGCAGGCCUCGAAAACAACCGAUGCGCCUAAUUUUUUUCUUACUCCAAUUCUGUCCGUCAGUUUGCAUAUUCCGUAGUUUAUGCAGUUAUAGCAUCUACAGAUUUGAAAUUUCUUGCUAGAUAUAAUUUAACAUUUAAAUGGACUUCGUCUGGUAAUUUGAUAUUUAGAGAUCACGUGUUCCCAGUUCAGUCAUCAUGAUGAUGCCCUUUUUUCAAGAAUUAUGAUUGUGUAUAGUGCUGCAUAUCCUCAACUUUCAAACCGGAAAAAGAUGUAUAUUUAUGAUUUCAUUCGGCUCUAAAUGACCCUUUGUUCUGUCUUUAUCCUAAUUUAUCCGAUAACAGAUCGCAGUCAGGAGGAUAGUUUUCUGGAAUGUUUAAAGUAGAAGACUUUUGGUGUACGCUUCCCUUCUAUUAAGAUCUAAAUUCAGUUAAUUAGUUUCCUCUUGUUAUUCUUCGAGGGUGAUUCUCAAAAAAGACUUACAUUCUCAUCCUUCUGCGCUAUUUCUGCAAGAAAGCACGAUGGGGUAGUUGGGUCAGCAGUAUAAAAUUUCAAGCUCAAAAAAUAUACGACCUUCUAAAGAGAUAAUUUUUAUGUGACUUCUAUUGCCAUUGAGUGAGUUACGCACUGUCAUAUUUAAUGUCUUAUUGUAAGACACAACUUUGUUCUUUUGGCCGCACCGUGGCUCUGAAAAGCCAUCUAGUUUAUCAUUUGGUGAUUACCGUUUUAGAUAACCCUGAGUUCUUAGGAUUGUUGAAUAUAUGAUGCUGAUUCCCAUUUCAUAGUGACAUCCUUUGCUGUGUUCUUGUGUAGGAAAUUUUGGUGAAGUAGUACAUGUGGAGCUGGCAAUGGACCGUGCUGUAAGGCAUCCUUUAUCAAUUUCACCAUUGCCUGGUUGGGUUUUUUUUUUUUUUUUUUUUCCUUUGUAUGUCGUUUGAUAUGGCUUCGUUGCAUGAAUCCAGGUGAAUCUUCCGCGUGGGUUUGGCUAUGUCGAGUUCAAGAAGAAAGUUGAUGCUGAAAAGGCGGUUCUUUACAUGGACGGUGUAUGUGCAUUCUACAUUUAAAAAAGUGACUUCAUGUAUGUGUACCAACUUAACGUUUUAUUAAAUUCAUGCUGUAGGCACAAAUUGAUGGAAACUUGGUCCGAGUUAGAUUUACCCUGCCACCACGACAAAAACCUUCAUCUCCUCCGAAGACAGCUGCCCCUCCAAAGAGAGAUAUUCCUCAGAAAGAUAAAGUUGCAGUUGAUGCUGAAAGGGCUGCACAAACAAAAGCUAGAGAACGUAAGUUGUUUUUUGUUUUGUUGUGAUGUUGGGUCUUUAACUUCGUAUUAUAUCCCAUCUUUUGUGCUUUGGUGGUUUCAAGAGCAUUGCUGCGGUACUCUGUCUUUAGAGAAAAAGUUAAUAAUUUUGUGAAAUCUUCAUCCAAUAGCUUCCCCACGCCGUAAACCACUCUCACCACCUCCACGACGAAGAUCCCCUCCUGUUCAUCGAAGAGGUGAAUCUCCAAGGCGCCGACCGGAUUCUCCUCCCAGUCGCCGUGUUGAUUCCCCCGUGCGUCGCAGAGCAGAUUCUCCUCAUCGACAUGGUGAGCCACCACUGCGAAGACGGCCAGCUUCCCCACUAAGAAGACGCUCUCCAUCACCUGCUCCACGUAGAUAUAGGUCUCCAAUGCGGUUAGUUGUGUACCUGUUUUUUGCUCCAUCUUACUCAAUAUAAAUUUACUAUUGGCAUCUUAGUUGCCCUUGUGUUACAGGGUUUCUCCACGGAGAGGGCGUGGCAGUCCCAUUCGCAAGCGUUCUCCAAUUCCUCCCAGACGCCGGUACGUCAGUCUUGCAUUUUCUUCUCUGAGUACGCUUGCUCAUAGAAAUGUAAUGGUUGCUAGUGAAAAUGCAUUGAUCAGAUUCCUGUGUUAAGUAAUGGAUGUUGCAAUAGGUGACGGAUUUCUUUUAAAGUAAAGAUCAAUUUUGUAGGCUGAGAUUUCUAAUUCCUCCCAGACGCCGGUACGUCAAUUUUCCUAGGUGAUCGCAUGCAUAAAUUCUGCUGUAGGAAGACUUAAUAUAUUCAUUUAAUGGUGGUCAGUUGUUCUUUGGUUUAGAUUUACUGUCUAAUUAUUCAUUUCUUCCAUUUUUUUGUUCCUUUGCUUCCACAAUCUAUGCACAUAGAUGAAAGUUACAUUUCAAUGGAAAUAAUGUAAGGUCUAAACCUAAAUUUUGGUAGCGACUCUAUUCGUUACCAUUUAAUGUGCUGUCACUCCCUUAUCAACAAUCUGUUAUCCGGAGAUGAUACAUCAAGGGGAAAUAUGACUCAUGGUAUAAUUUUAUUGAGGUUUUUUAUGUAAUUUGAAUCAUCUAGUUUUAAUUAUUUCUUGGAUUGUAUUAAUUCAGUCAGUGGACGUUUUUGCGCGAACUAUCAUUCAAUGAGUCGGUAAUCCAAAAUCUGGGCUCCUAAACAGUUGGACAUUACUUUGGCCUUUCGACAAAACUUUUCGUUUCCAAAUCUGUCAAAAGGUUUGUAAUGGAAAAUGUAAACUUGAAGUCCUUCAAUCAAUCGCCUUUUUGGGUCAGAUCCAAUGUGGAUUGUGCAUCUUCCUUUGCCAAAAACAGGCUCGACUUGGAUUCGAACUUAUGUGCCAUUGUCAAGAUGAGUGAAGUGGAGUGAGGAAGGGCUGUCAUAAGAAGGAAUGGCUAGUGAAGAUCAGUAGGGAUGUUUCUGUCUCUAUCCAUAAUUCGGGUGGAAUGGGACCUAUCGAAAAACACCGAAAGAAGGAAAUUUCACUGUCGUUUUUGUCAUCAUCUCCUAGAAGAGACACCCAGACAAAUUCUAGAAUAGAAAUCCGAAGCAACUGAGCUCCCCCUUGGUUCCAAUUAAUAUCAUAUUUUCUCUCACUUGAGCCAUUUCUUAAUAUAUUGACUGUUAAGCAACCUUCUAUUUUGUUCUAUAAAUUUCUCGUCUUUGCUUUAUUUGUGUGAUCUAUCACACCGGAUCACCUGCAUUUUAGGAAUCUCGUAAAUUAUGCUAUAUCUUACUCAAUAUACCAAGUCUCAUCCUUCUUUUUGCCCUCCUUUCUUAUUAUUUAAACUGGUUAUGCUUUAGCUCGCCCCUUAGAAGAGCACGCAGCCCUCCCAGGCGGUCUCCUCCACUUCGCCGGCGUUCCCGCUCUCCAGUCAGAAGGCCUGUUCGUUCUCGCUCACGAUCACUCUCUCCUCGAAGGUGAAGAAUCUCUUAUCAUUAAACUAUGUCGUCUGACUUGUGUUCAUGACGACAGCGUUGACUCUUUCGAUCACAGUUCUGGGUUUUCUAUCUUACUUUGGCUAUUGUUGAAUAUCAUGUGCAUACAUGUACAGUCAAAUGAUUUAAUGGAUAGGGUGGCGAUUUGGAUUACUGGAUGAAAAUUAGCCGAAGCUGUGGAUGAUAUCCGAUUGAAUGUUCAUGGUUCAUUGUCUCAAAGAUCAGGAACUAUAUUUAGCCCUCAAAGAAAUCUAACUUUUUUAUGUAUAAAACCAGCCAUUGUAGAAAAUAAUCCUCAUUUGCCGAUGGUUUAUAUGAUACUCUGAGAAAAUUUAAUUUGCCCAAAAUGGUCCAACCGCGAGGACUGUGUAUCUCAAGGUGGUGAACAGUUGGUGAUGAUUUCUUUACUUGGUGAGAACAGAGGCAGGAUGCCACCACAGAGGCGUGGAAGAUCCAGUUCUUCGUACUCUGGUUCGCCGAGUCCUCGGAAGGUCCGAAUCAUUCAGUGCUGUCUUCUCCUUCAAAAAGCUCAGGACGGUUGUUGGAGCCCUGACUGAUCUCUCCUUUUGUAUGUGGCAGGGUGGCAGGAGGAUAUCCAAGAGCCGUAGUCCUCGGAGGUAUCCCUCUCUCUCUCUCUCUCUCCCUCUCUCUCUCUCUCUCUCUCUUUCUCUCUCUGUGCACACCUUCCCAUGUCUCAGAAUUUGGCGGUUGACAUAAUCGUCUGAAGUCAAUCUCUCGAACCUUUAUCAUACAUGUGGAAUAUAGUUCUAGGGCACUUCGCUUUUAUGGCAAUGAAUUCAUUUUACGGGAUCUCUGUCUUUCUCUCUCUCUCGCUACAGAAGCCCAUAUCUCUGACUUUGGUGGUGGAAACAUAUUGACUGAGAUCGAACCUGUCGAACCCAGAUUGUACUCAUGGACUAGAGUCCAUGUGUACAAUCUGCCCAUAUCUUAAUGGCAUUGCAUUCUAUGGCAGCUCUCUCUCUCUCUCUCUCUCUCUCUCUCUCUCUCUCUCUCUUGUUACACCUGCCCAUAUCUCUUACUUUGGUGGUGGAAACAUAUUGACUGAGAUCUAACCUGUCGAACCCAGAUUGUACAUAUGGCCUAUGGUCCUCGGAGCAUUUCUCUCUCCGGGCAUUGCACUCUCUCUCUCUCUCUCUUUCUUGCUACACCUGCCCAUAUCUCUUGACUUUGGUGGUGGAAACAUAUUAACUGAGAUCUUAUCUCUUGUACCGAAUUACCCAUGAGUAGAGUUGUUGUAGGAACAUUUCCCUUUCAUAUUAUGUGUUGCCUGCUGUUUAAGCCGACGAACCGCGAAACUGCUGUCUGUAGGCCUGCCCGUGGAAGAAGCACCAGCAGCAGCAGCCCAAGUGGCAGCUCACCCCCACCAAACUGA